UUUUCUCAUUUCAGAUCCAUUCCUUGUUUUUAUUUCUCGAUUUCUCUCCAACUCUGAGAUGUGUUUUGUUUUCAGAGUACUAAUCACUCGUUUACAUUAGAAUCUGUUUCGGAGAUCGGUUAGAUGGGGUUUGUUCAGAAGAUAUUAGGAAAAAUGGGUUUGUCUUUCACCAAGCUGUUUAGUCGAUUGUUUGCAAAGAAGGAGAUGCGUAUUCUUAUGGUCGGUCUCGAUGCUGCUGGUAAGACCACCAUAUUGUACAAGCUCAAACUGGGAGAGAUUGUCACUACCAUACCUACAAUUGGGUUCAACGUGGAGACUGUAGAAUACAAGAACAUCAGCUUUACAGUCUGGGAUGUUGGUGGUCAGGACAAGAUCCGGCCAUUGUGGAGACACUAUUUUCAAAAUACCCAAGGUCUCAUCUUCGUGGUUGAUAGCAAUGAUAGGGAUCGUGUGGUUGAGGCUAGGGAUGAGCUACACAGGAUGCUGAAUGAGGAUGAGCUGAGGGAUGCCGUACUUCUUGUAUUUGCUAACAAACAAGAUUUACCGAAUGCCAUGAAUGCUGCUGAGAUAACUGAUAAGCUUGGUCUUCACUCCCUCAGGCAGCGCCACUGGUAUAUCCAGAGCACAUGUGCAACUUCUGGAGAAGGGCUGUAUGAGGGUCUGGACUGGCUCUCCAAUAAUAUUGCUAGCAAGGGUUGAUGACAUGAUCUUUCAUAUCUUCUUGAGUGGAAGCUGUCAGAAAAAUUUGUGACCCAUUUUCUUUCGAGUUUGUGUUAUGUUCAUCUAACUUCCGUGAAUGAUCUGUUUGGUUUUCAGCUUAUUGUUCAUAGUACUUAUCUGUAUAAGUUUUGACCUUGGCAUGGUUAGGACAAGUGUGGCCUUUUAGUCCAUGAGUUUCUUUAAACUUUAGUUGUAUCAAGGUUCCUAUUAGUAAUGAAAUGAAGUUCAUCCAUAA